AUGACUGUUGUUAUAAAAUGUUCUGUUUCCAAUGAUAUAUGUUUGCUUUCUGAGCUUGAAAGCCUCGAUCUUAACUCUAAUUUUUUUGAGGGGCCGCUUCCGCCAAAUGUAUUCAAGCUCUCCAAAUUAAAGUUACUUUCCCUUCAGAAGAAUAACUUUUCAGGUUUUGUUUCCAAUGAUAUAGGUUUGCUUUCUGAGGUUGAAACUCUCGAUCUUCACUCUAAUUUUUUUGAGGGGCAGCUUCCGCCAAAUAUAUUCAAGCUCUCGAAACUAAGAUUUCUUGCCCUUUGGCAGAAUAACUUUUCAGGUUCUGUUUCCAAUGAUAUAGGUUUGCUUUCUAAGCUUGAAACCCUCGAACUUGACUCCAAUUUUUUUGAGGGGCCGCUUCCGCCAAAUAUAUUCAAGCUUUCCAAAUUAAGAGUUCUUUCCCUUGACAAUAAUAACUUUUCAGGUUGUGUUUCCAAUGAUAUAGGUUUGCUUUCUGAGCUUGAAACCCUCCGUCUUGGCUUCAAUUCUUUUGAAGGACCGGUUCCACCAAAUAUAUUCAAGUUUUCCAAAUUAACAGGUCUUGACCUCUCAGGCUAUAGAAAUUUAUUUGAAGGUAGUAUCCCUAUUGGACUGGGACUCUUGACUAACCUCAGCUACUUAGAUCUAAGUUCCAAUAAUCUCAGUGGCUAUAUUCCAUCUGAACUUGGAAACCUUAAGCUACUAGUAUUUCUUGAUCUCAGUUCUAACCAAUUGACUGGACCGCUUUUAAAGAUCGUUUCUAAUCUCACAAAUCUUAUAUAUCUCCAUGUACAAGAUAAUAGUCUUAGUGGGAAUAUUCGCAGUGACUUGUGGAAAAACUCUUUAUCCUUACGUUACAUUGAUCUUGAAAAUAAUUAUUUGUCUGGGAACAUUCCUAAGGAAUAUAACGAUCAUCCAACUUUGGAAUACAUCAAUUUAGGUGGGAACCAUUUUACAGGUGAGCUUCCAACAACAAUUUGCAAUGUCACUUCCCUUUCGGUUCUUGAUUUGUCAAAUAAUGAAUUAAGUGGUGCACUUCCAAACUGUUUCGGGAAUCUUGCUGAUGGAUUGCUUUACAUUAAUCUUGCUAAUAAUCAGUUUCAAGGAACAAUACCAACUACUUUCUCCAGGAGUUGUCAGUUAACAUAUCUAAACAUGGAUAAUAAUGAGUUUGAAGGAUUGAUGCCCCCAUCUUUGGCGAACUGUAAGCACUUGAAAAUUCUUGAUAUAGGCAAUAAUAAAAUAGGUGGUACAUUUCCGUCAUGGCUUUAUGCACUUGGAGAGCUAGAAGUUCUUGUCUUGCGAUCAAAUAAACUCUAUGGUACAAUAAGUGGAAGGAGCAUAGAAGAUCCCUUCCCCAAGUUGCGGAUUGUGGAUCUGUCCAACAAUCAAUUCACAGGCCAUUUGCCAAUUCAAUACUUUAAGAAUAUGAAAUCAAAUGAUAAUUUGUAUCGUUAUCUGAAUUCCACAGGAGAAAUAUAUAUCUCUUAUGAAGCAGCAGUCUCAUUAACUGUGAAGGGAACAGAGUAUGAAUUAGCAAAUAACCUUCAUAUUUACACAGCCAUUGAUCUGUCGUGCAACAAAUUUCAGGGAGAAAUUCCAAAGGUUACCGGAGAGCUUAGAUGGCUUGCAUUGCUCAAUUUAUCUCAUAAUAGUCUAACAGGACCUAUCCCAUCAUUGCUGAGAAAUAUGAAAGAACUCCAAUCUUUAGAUUUGUCCUCAAAUCAACUGACAGGGGCUAUUCCACCUCAGUUAACUGCAUUGACAUUUCUAGAGGUCUUGAACCUCUCGGGAAACCAUCUUAGUGGAGAGAUUCCUCAGAAAGGACAGUUCAGCACAUUUAACAAUGAUUCUUAUCUAGGAAACUCCGCGUUAUGUGGUUCACCUUUGACGAAGAAAUGUGCAAACACAGCAUCACCUCCACAAGAAGUCGGAAAUGGUGAUGAAGAUGAUGCUGGUGAUGAAUGGACAUGGGAAGCAAUUGUGAUGGGAUAUGGAUGUGGACUGAUAUGUGGAUUGUCAUCUGCGUACAUUGUUCUCAAACUAGGAAAGCCUUGGUGGUUUGUGAGAUAUGUCGAAGUACUGCAACAGAAGUUGAUGAAAAGAUGCUUGAAGAAUGGUACUGGUCGAUCAAGACGAACUUGA